UUGACUUUGCAGUGGGUGGAGACAAGAUAGCAAGUUGAAUCGAAAUCGCCUUUUUGACAGCUAACAAAAAAAAUACUGUGUAACUUUAAACUUGAAUGAAUGCGUUGGUAUUUCGUACAGUUGCACCUACAUUGAGGCAUAUCGUUAAGGAGGUUCAUUCUAUCACGUUAAUCCUCUGGAAGGUUUCUGCGGAGAGUAUGCUCUGGAGCUUGUAAUGCUGCCUUCGCUGAAACGUUUCAGCUGCAGUGAAGAAAAGAAAAUACCUUUCCGUUUUAUCAAAACUCCCAGACAUAACCAGGAGGGGAGUGUGAUUUGAGGUUCCUGGAAAGCCUGUGCUUAUCCACCAAGGUGUAUCGGCGCCUGGCUAGCGGGAGUCGAAGCAUGCGUGUGAGGUCAGAGAUCAAAUUGGACGUGGAGCUGUGAUGCGUGCGGCGAGCUGCAGGAUGAACGUGGCGGCGAUACUGAACGGCCUGCUGGUGUCGGUGGUGGCAGCACUGCUCUGGAAGUACGUGAAGCUAAGCGAGCACGCUGCAGUACUGGAGGAGGAGCUGCAGCUGACCCGCCAGUCCCAGGAGUUGACCCAGGCCCGGAUAGACUACCACGCUGCUCUGCUGGCACUCCAGGAGUAUGGCACCCGUAUGGUCUGCACCGGAAAGAUGCACACUGAUCGCAUCUGCCGCUUUGACUACCUGUGCUACUGCACCGAGGCCGAAGAGUUUGUCUUCUUCCACAGCAACUCCUCCUUCAUGCUGCCCAACCUGGGGCCCCGGCGAUUCCAGCCAGCCCUGCUGGACCUGUCCUCUGUAGAGGAUCACAACACCCAGUACUUCAACUUCCUGGAGCUGCCCGCAGCUGCCCUCAAGUUCAUGCCCAAGCCUGUGUUCAUCCCUGACGUCACCCUCAUCCUCAACCGGUUCAAUCCGGAUAAUCUGAUGCACGUGUUCCACGAUGACCUGCUUCCCAUCUUCUACACCAUGCAGCAGUACUCGGACCUGGACGAUGAGGCCCGCCUGGUCUUCAUGGAGGGCUGGGGUGAGGGCGCACACUUUGACCUCUACCGCCUGCUGAGCAGCAAGCAGCCACUUCUCAAAGAACAGCUGAGGAACUUUGGCAAACUUAUGUGCUUCACAAAGUCCUACGUGGGCUUGUCCAAGAUGACCACAUGGUACCAGUACGGCUUUGUCCAGCCACAGGGCCCCAAAGCCAACAUCCUGGUCUCUGGGAACGAGAUCCGGCAGUUUGCCUCAUCGCUGAUGGAGAAGCUCAAUAUCACCAGGCGAGGAGGAGAGGAGAGCGCAGCGGAGGAAAAGGACGAGUACAUCGUAGUGUUCAGUCGCUCCAUCAACAGACUCAUCCUGAAUGAAGCGGAGCUGAUCCUGGCGCUAGCGCAGGAGUUCCAGAUGAGAGCGGUGACGGUGUCUCUGGAGGAGCAGACCUUCCCCAGUAUCAUCAAGGUCAUCAGCGGGGCCUCCAUAUUGGUCAGCAUGCACGGGGCCCAGCUGGUCUCCUCUCUCUUCCUCUCCCGGGGGGCCGUCGUAGUGGAGCUCUUCCCCUAUGCGGUCAACCCAGAGCAGUACACCCCUUACAAAACCCUGGCCUCUCUACCAGGCAUGGACCUGCAGUAUGUGGCCUGGAGGAACAUGGUGGAGGAGAACUCUGUGGCCUACCCAGAGAGGCCCUGGGAGCAGGGAGGUAUAGCCCACCUGGAUAAGGAAGACCAGGAGCACAUCCUGGCCAGUAAGGAAGUGCCCAGACACCUGUGUUGCCGCAACCCAGAGUGGCUCUAUCGCAUCUACCAGGACACCAUAGUGGACAUCCCUUCUUUACUAGAGGCUCUCAGAGCGACAGUGAAAACCAGGCCCAACCUGAAGAAGGCCAAGCCUGCCAGCACGGUCCACCCAGGCCAGGUCAGAGAGCCCCAGUGCCAGACGUCGGUCCAGGCCACCAACGAGGCCAUGCUGACUGUGUCGUGGCAAAUCCCCUGGAACCUCAAGUACCUGAAAGUCAGGGAGGUGAAGUACGAAGUGUGGAUCCAGGAGCAAGGAGAGAACACGUACAUGCCUUAUAUUCUCCCCCACCAGAACUAUACCUUCUCUGAAAACAUCAAACCCUUUACGACGUACCUGGUGUGGGUGCGCUGCAUCUUUAACAAAAACCUCCUGGGGCCCUUUGCAGAUGUACUCACGUGCAGGACAUAAUUUGAGUUGAUAUUUACAGUUUCAAGAAUGUGACUGCUUGUUCCAGAUGAUCAGAUGUUGGGGCUUUGGAUUAUUGAAGGUGAUGCUAGAAAGGUUCUGUAUAAUUUCAGCCAGUAGUUUUGAAUGUAGCGCUCACGAGACAAAAUGGGUCCCGGAAAAUGGUGCACAAUUGUAUGUUACGUCCUGCACGAUAAAUGUUUCUUGCAAUUCGUAUGAUAUGUUAUGAAUUUGCAAGUGCUUUAAGAUCCCGUUCAAUCUCUUUUUAAAAGGAACUUCUGUGAUUGAGGAUUGUCUCCAAUUUGAGGAUAGUUGAUAUGAUAUAAUCUGUAUCUAGGAUGAGAGACUGUGCUGUUUGAUGAGACAACCAUGUCCUCACACAGAGGAGAGUGAAAUGCAGUAGAAAUUCAAUGGAAUUUAGCAUGGGACCAGGGAAUACAUGAGUCACGAUUUAAGGAUGCAUUGUCUGUACCUGCAGAAAGUGCUAUACAACAUGUCUUUUUGAGAUAUAGGAAUUUCUUUAAUAUACUUAUUUAUGAGCAAAAAUGUAUAGUACAAAUUCAUGUAUGUUUUUUUAUUAGUCUUAAACACUGAACCUAUCUAUCUAUACCUGUACUUAUUUGAGUGUGUAAUGUAGGUUUUCAGCAAAGCCCAGGUGGGACUUUAGGAUGACUUGGUCUUGGUUUCAUACUUGAUUGGUUUGUGAUUUGUUAUACAGUUAUCUGAUAAAUCACACCUUUGUGGCUUAGCCUACCCUCCUACACAAAGUUGUAGCUUUGUCACGUUGUCUUUCUAAUUGGCAAUUUACAUAAUUGCAGAAUGUUGCCAAAACCUUAAAGGGAUACUGUGAGAUCCUGGCAAUUGUCUACUUACCCAGAGUCAAAUGAACUCGUGGGUACCAUAUUUAUGCCUCUGCGUGCAGUAUGAAGGAAGUUAGAAGUAAUUUCGCGAGCCAAUCCUAACGAGCAUUAGCACAAUGACUGGAAGUCUAUGGGCAUCUGCUAGCUGGGUAUCUGCUUCAAGCCUGGGAAAUUCCAGUCCUCGGGGACCUGAUUGGUGUCACACUUUUCCCAGAUCCCUAGCAAACACACCUGAUUUAAACUAAUUGCGUUUUUAACUGAAGCUCAUGAUUAGUUAACUAUUGGUGUCAGGUGUGUUAGCUGGGGCAAAAGUGUGACACCAAUCAGGCCCCCGAGGACUGGAGUUGCCCAGACCUGCUUGCUGCAGGUACCCAUACACUUCCAGUCAUUGUGCUAACACUAGUAGCGCUAGCAACUUCCUUCAAACCACACGCAGAGACAUAAAAAGGGUAUCUAUGAGAUCAUCUGACCCUGAGGAAGUAGAUAAAGGGCUUCAUUGCCAAAAUCCCAAAGUAUUCCUCUAAGAGAAACCAAAGUGAAUUUGAAAAUAUGGUCACCAGUCUACAGUACCAUUAAGUAUGUGUUAUUAGUUGUGAUUUGGAUUAUCUUGUGCUUCAUUGAGGCUUUAAUAUUUGCCAUUUGCCGUUUUGAACUAUUGUGACCCAUGGAUAAUAAAUUCUUCCCCUUCUAGAUUAUUUGAGAUAUUAAUUCAAGGCAGAUAAAACUUUCAAAGAGUGUGUCCAGGAAAAUAUGUUGCCAGUUUUCUAAAGAUGCGGACUAAAACAUGCAUUAUUCAUUCAAAUGUAGCAGUCUUUUAAGAACAGGGUUCCUCUAAAUGAAAAUUAAGAGAAUCUAUUAUCAUGUAUUUAUGUGAAAGGUUCUGUUGCUGUGCGGUCACUAGAAAUGCGAGGGGUAGUUCUAUUUCUUUCAGAAAAACUGGAGUUUCUUCAAUCAGUUUCUUUGUCAUUGCCCUGUGUGUCAAAUGAUAAAUACAAAAAGGUUCAUAUCACUUCAGUGUCCCCAUUACAGCAAUUCUGAGUUCAAUUGUCCUAUUUGUUGUUAUUCAGUCCACACAGUUGCAGAAUAUGAUCAGAAUUCCUUACUUACUAUUAAUGGGUACCAUUUCUGAUUGUGAUCAUUUACAUUUUGCACAGGUUAUAUGCAUGCAUAAACUUGACUAUAAUUAGCCUGUUAUGCUUUUAAUUUGAAAGGGUGGUAAUGACUGCUCUGCCCCAAAUCAAGCUGGAGGAGUAACCCAUUCUAUGGCUCAUCAGUGCUGCUAACCAUGCGUGAUGCAGGGUUUGUAUCCCAAAUGGCACCCUCUUCCCUUUAUAGUGUACUACUUUUGACCAAGACCGAUAAAGGUGACCAGAGCCUAAAAAUAGUGUUGAUUUUGGGACUCAACCCAAGUCUAUAUGAUAGUGUGCAAUGCUGCCUGUUACUUUUCAUUGCCUUGUGGUGUGCAAAACUAAAGUAAUGACUAGCUUCCCAGUAUGUACCAAGUCCCCAGAGUAAGAGUGCUGAUGUAGGAUCAGGUCUUGCUGCUGCCCUCCUGUCCUACUAAGCGUAUAUACAUUGCCUUCAGAAAGUAUUUACACCCUUUGAUUUUUUUUCCACAUUUUGUUGUUACAAAGUGAGAUUAAAAUGGUUGGAAAAUGUACAAUUAAAUGAAUCUACAAAUAAUCUGUAAUGUCAAAGUGGAAGAAAAAUACUAACAUUUGUUUAAAAAAAACACUAAUACAGUAUAUCUUUAUUACGUAAGUAUUCAACCCACUUAGUCAACACAUGUUAGAAUCACCUUUGCCAGCGAUUACAGCUGGGAGUCUUUCUGGGCAAGUCUCUAACAGCUUUUCACACCUGGAUUGUGCAACAUUUGCCCCUUAUUAUUUUCAAAAUUCUUCAAGCUCUGUCAAAUUGGUUGUUGAUCAUUGCUAGCAAACUAUUUUCAGGUUUUGCCAUAGAUUUUCAAGCAGAUUUAAGUCAAAACUGUAACUCGGCUACUCAGGAACAUUCACUGUUUUGUGAAUGACACAAAUAUUAAUUUCCACAAAGUUUGCUGCUUCAGUGUCUUUAGAUAUUUUUGCCAGAUGUUACUAUGGAAUACUGAAGUAUUAUUACAAGCAUUUCAUGAGUGUCGAAGGCUUUUAUUGACAAUUACUUGAAGUUGAUGCAAAAAGUCAAUAUUUGCAGUGUUGACCCUUCUUUUUCAAGACCUCUGCAAUCCGCCCUGGCAUGCUGUCAAUUAACUUCUGGGCCACAUCCUGACACACCGGCAGCCCAUUCUUGCAUAAUCAAUGCUUGGAGUUUGUCAGAAUUUGUGGGUUUUUGUUUGUCUACCCGCCUCUUGAGGAUUGACCACAAGUUCUCAAUGGGAUUAAGGUCUGGGGAGUUUCCUGGCCAUGGACCCAAAAUAUCAACGUUUUGUUCCCUGAGGCACUUAGUUAUCACUUUUUAACAUUUUUUAUUUAUAAAAUUGUGAGUGAGCCCACUCCCUUGGCUGAGAAGCAACCCCACACAUGUAUUGUCUUAUGAUGCUUUACUGUUGACACAGGACUGAUGGUAGCGCUCACCUUGUCUUCUCCGGACAAGCUUUUUUCCGGAUGCCCCAAACAAUCGGAAAGGAGAAAGUUACUUUACCCCAGUCCUCAGCAGUCCGAUCCCUGUAACUUUAGCAGAAUAUCAGUCUGUCCCUGAUGUUUUUCCUGGAGAGAUGUGGCUUCUUUGCUGCCCUUCUUGACAGCAGUCCAUCCUCCAAAAGACUUUACCUCACUGUGUGUGCAGAUGCACUCACACCUGCCUGCUGCCAUUCCUGAGCAAGCUCUGUACUGGUGGUACCCCGAUCCCACAGCUGAAUCAACUUUAGGAGACGGUCCUGGUGCUUGCUGGACUUUCUUGGGCGCACAGAAGCCUUCUUCACAACAAUUGAACCGCUCUCCCUGAAGUUCUUGAUGAUCCGACAAAUGGUUGAUUUAGGUGCAAUCUUACUGGCAGCGGUAUCCUUGCCUGUGAAGCCCUUUUUGUGCCAAUCAAUGAUGAUGGUAACCAUGGUUGACAGAGGAAGAACUGAUUCCAAGCACCACCCUCCUUUUGAAGCUUCCAGUCUGUUAUUCAAACUCAAUCAGCAUGACAGAGUGAUCUCCAGCCUUGUCCUCGUCAACACUCACACCUGUGUUAAUGAGAGAAUCACUGACACGAUGUCAGCUAGUCUUUUUGUGGCAGGGUUGAAAUGCAGUGGAAAUGUUUUUGGGGGAUUCAGUUCAUUUGCAUGGCAAAGAGGGACUUUGCAAUUAAUUGCAAUUCAUCUGAUCACUCUUCCUAACAUUCUGGAGUAUAUGCAAAUUGCCUGAUCAUACAAACUGAGGUAGCAGGCUUUGUGAAAAUUAAUAUUUGUGUUAUUCUCAACUUUUGGCCACGACUGUAGAUUUGGACUUGUGUUUUAGGUUCGUGUCCAAAUGAAAUGUUAAUGAAUCUUCCAGUGUCUGGUGGAAAGCAGACUGAACCAGGUUUUCCUCUAGAAUUUUGCCUGUGCCUAGCUCCAUUCCAUUUAUAUUUUACCCUGAAAAACUCCCCAGUCUUUAGCGAUUACAAGCAUAACAUGAUGCAGUCACCGCUAUGCUUGAAAAUAUGGAGAGUGGUACUCAGUAAUGUGUUGUAUUGGGUUUUCCCCAAAUGUAACACCUUGUAUUUAGGACAAAAAGUGAAUUGCUUUGCCACAUUGUUUCAGUAUUCCUUUAGUGCCUUGUUGCAAACAAUGCAUGUUUUGGAAUAUUUUAAUUAUGUACAGGCUUCCUUCUUUUCACUCUGUCAUUUAGGUUAGUAUUGUGGAGUAACUACAAUGUUGUUGAUCCAUCCUCAGUUUUCACCUCCCACAGCUUCUCAAAGGGAUAUUCAAUGUCUGUUUAUUUUAUUUAUAUAUAUUUUUAACAUAUUUAGGCUUGCCAUAAAAAAAAGGGGUUGAAUACUUAUUGACUCAAUACAUUUCAGCUUUACACUUUUAAUUAUAUAGAACAAAAAUAUAAACAUAACAUGCGACAAUUAACAAUUUUACUGACACAGUUUAUAAGGAAAUCAGACAACUUAAAUAAAUUAGGCCCUAAUCUAUGGAUUUCACAUGACUGGGCAGGGGUGCAGCCAUGGGUGGGCCUGGGAGGGCAUAGACCCACCCACUUGAGAGCCAGGCUCAGCCGAUCAGAAUUUUAAAAACUUAUACAGAAGGGCUUUAUCACAGACAGAAAUACUCCUCAGUUUCAUUAGCUGUUCUGGUGGCUGGUCUCAGACAAUCCCGUAGGUGAAGAAGCCGGAUGUGGAGGUCCUGGGCUGGCAUGGUUACAUGUGAUCGAUCUGUGGCCAUACUGCCAAAUUGAAAAAUGAAAUUAUGUUAGAGGUGGCUUAUGGUAGAGAAAUUAACAUUAAAUUAUCUGGCAACAGUUCUGGUGGACAUUCCUGUAGUCAGAAUGCUAAUUGCACGCUCCCUCAACUUGAAACCUCUGUGGCAUUGUGUUGUGUGACAACUGCACAUUUAAGUGGCCUUUUAUUGUCCCCAGCACAAGGUACACCUGUGCAAUGAUCAUGCUGUUUAAUCAGCUUCUUGAUAUGCUACACCUGUCAGGUGGAUGGAUUAUCUUGGUAAAGGUUAAAUGCUCACUAACAGGAACUUAAAAUAAAUUUGUGCUCAAAAUUGGAAAGAACAUUUCUGGGAUCUUUUAUUUAAGCUCAUGAAACAUGGGACCAACACAUUACAUGUUGCGUUUAUAUUUUUGUUCAGUAUAAUUUUGAAAUGCUUUGAAAAUCAUUAUUCCACUUUGACAUUAUGCUGUUUUGUGUGUACGCCAGUGGAAAAAUCCCAAUUGAAUCCAUUUUAAAUUCAGGCUGUAACACAACAAAAUGUGGAAAAAGUCAAGGGGUGUGAAUACUUUCUGAAGGCACUGUAUUGUGAUCGAAAAGGUUAAACUGUCCUAAAUCAGCACUCCUUCUCUGAGACACUUGACAUGCGGACCCAGAUCUUUCUGUCCCGGGGUUGAGUUUUCAGCAGAGGUCACAGGUUUGAAAAUAGUUUGACGGGUUUUGAGGCAACUGAGAGUGGUGACAUGAAUCUGUGAAUCAAUAGCAUUGGAUUGGGUUUUUCUCUUCCCCUAAAACAGCACAAGUGUGCCAAUUCAUGGACUUUGCAAUGCGUGUAUUGGUGUAACAAUUUAAUGGACAUUAGUGGUGUCAUAAUAAUCAAGGGAUUUAAAUGUAGUGCUUACUGGCUAGUAAUGUGAAAAUCCUACCCAUUGUGCUGUACCCAUUGAGGUAUCUUACCAAUUAACUAAAUUCCUCAUUAACUGGAAUUGAUCCCUUUUUGAUUGAGAUGUUUCGGUUUGAAAGUCAACUUGAACUGUUAAAAAAAAAAGUUCUCAAAUGCAGUUCUGUCAGUGUUGGGAUUCAAGAGAUUAUUUUGAACUGUUGUUCAAUGUGAUGUAGUAUUUUGUGUGUUUGUAAUGCUUGUUAGUUUGUGUAUACCACCUCCAGUAAAUAAAUUAUAUUUGUUAAGACUGAAGUGUGUCAGAAACUAGUGUACAUGUAUUAUGUUUACUAUAAUGAUAAAGAAAUAAGCGCAUUGA